AUAAGGGGUAGUACACAAUUUUCAGAGUUUCUCCUUCUCUCCCACCAUAUAACCCCCUUCAUCUUCUUCACUCUAAUUGCCCCAAAUUCCCUUCUUCCCAAAUCAAAUUCAAUUUUCUUCAUUUCAUUUCCAUUUCCAUUUCAAAAUGAAGCUCCUCAAAUCCUUCAAUCCCAACCGUCUCUUCUCUUCCAAAUCCCACCGCUCCAAACUCUCCCGAUCCCAACCUCCCUCCUUCGGCUCCGCCUCCUCCUCCUCCUCCGCCGGCACUCCCACCAGCGUCUUACCUUCCGCCGUCUGGUCCGACUUCUCCGACUCCACACUCUCUCGCAAGGAACUGGAGGCUUUACUCGGCCUAAUCGGAGCCGAACCGCCGAGUGAGGAAGAGCUUAAGACUAUGAUGGGCGCAAUGGACCGUGUCGGACCGGCUUGCCACUCUGAGCUACGAGAUACGUUUGAGAUAUUCGACGCUGAUCACGAUGGGAGAAUUACGGCGGAGGAGCUUUUCAGUGUGUUCACGGCUAUGGGGGAUGAGCAGUGCACGUUAGAGGAUUGCCGGCGUAUGAUAGCGGGAGUGGACAAGAAUGGAGAUGGGUUCGUCUGCUUCGAGGACUUUGCGCGUAUGAUGGACUGCCAGAGAUGAACCCAAUCAUCACUGUUCAUUUUUUUCGUUUAAUUAUUACUAAUAAUAAUAAUUUUUUUUUAAGAAAAAAGAUCUUUGUAUUUGCGUUGGUUGUUGUUAAGUAUAUAAAAACGGCGCUAAGUCGUCGGAUCGGACAACAUUGGUCAAAUCAUCCCUUCUCCGAUUUCUUUUU